AUGGCUGAGCGCACGUGCGAUCUUGGCCGCGAAGAAUUGCGAUGUGAAUGCUCUGAAUUUGAACAUUCUAACAAAAUUCCGGGCGAAGCCAAGACGUACAGAUCGAUCGACACACUAAUGGAGCAAGAUGAAGUUGUGAACUAUCCGACUGAAUUUUUGAAUUCACUCGAUUUGCCCGGCAUGCCUCCUCACAUAUUGACGUUGAAGCUUGGCGUUCCAAUCAUUUCGUUGCGGAAUCUCCAUCCGCCACGAUUGUGCAACGGAACAAGACUCGCCGUCAAGAACUUGAUGAACAAUGUGAUUGAGGCAACGAUUCUCAACGGGAAAUUCGAGGGAGAAGAUGUUUUAUUGCCAGUGAUUCAGAUGAUCCCUACCGAUAUCCCCUUCGAGUUCAAGCGUCUACAGUUCCCAGUUCGUCCCGCUUUCGCCAUGACGAUAAACAAAGCCCAGGGACAAUCAAUGCAGGUAUGCGGUCUCGAUCUCGAAAACCCGUAUUUCUCUCACGGCCAGCUGUAUGUUGCAUCUAGAGUUGGGGAACCCGCUGAUUUAUUCGUGUAUGCCGCCGACGGGAAAACAAAAAACAUUGUUUACGGAGAAGCCCUUGAAUAG